AUGUCUCUUAAUAGAAUCAACAAUAGCAAGGGGUAUAUCAAAAAUAAUGAAUUGGUAUGCCUUGGCUUUAAUUCAAUGGAUUUAUCAAGGAAUCAACUCUAUAGUAAAGGUCAACAGGAUUGGAAUCCUAUGGUAUUUAAUUAUAUGAUAGAAUGUUUAGAUGAAUUAUCUAGAGAUAUACUACCAAUUCAAAGCCUACUAAAUAAAACAGGAGUUUGA